AUGGCAAAAUCAAUAGUAGACUUCACAGUACAAAAAAUCAGUGAUUUACUCAUUGAAGAAGCAGUGUUCUUAUAUGGAGUAAGAGACAAAGUUCAUCAGCUAAGAACUGAGUUGAGAAUGAUGGAAUCUUACUUACAAGAUGCAGACAGAAGACAAGAAGAUGAUGAAACUCUCAAGAACUGGAUUUCAGAAAUAAGAGAAGUUGCUUAUGAUUCUGAUGAUGUCAUUGAAGCAUAUGCACUAAAAGGAGCUUCAAGAAGAAACAACAUGACAGGUACUUUUAACAGAAUCAAAAGUUUCGUUUCAAUGGUCAACAGGUUGGUAGAGAUUCAUGUAGUAGGUUCACAAGUUGAUGGUAUCAUUUCUAGGAUAACUAGUCUCACAGGAAGCUUAGAAACUUUUGGCAUAAGAAGAGAUAGAGGAGAAGCUUCAAGUUCAAUACAUGGGAGACAAAAGGCUCUGAGAAGAUCUUACUCUCAUGUUAUUGAAGAGGAUAUAAUUGGUGUGGAUUAUGAUGUUAAGAUUUUGGAGUCAUGUUUGGUUAAAAACAACAAUAAGGGAUACAAAGUUGUUGCUAUUUGGGGUAUGGGAGGUUUAGGGAAAACAACAUUGGCUAAGAAGGUUUAUCAUAGUAGUAAAGUUAGGCAAAGUUUUGAGAGUUUUGCUUGGGCUUAUAUAUCACAACAUUGUCAAGCAAGGGAUGUUUGGGAAGGGAUUUUGUUGAAGCUUUUAUCACCUUCAAAAGAGUUAAGAGAGGAACUUAGGGAUAUGAGAGACGAGGAGGUUGCGAAAAAGCUUUAUCAAGUUCAAGAGGAGAAGAAGUGUUUGGUGGUUCUUGAUGAUAUUUGGAGUGUUGAUAGUUGGAAUAAUUUGAGUUUUGGUUUUCCAACUGGGAGAUUUUUGUCUGUUGGUAGUACAAUAUUGCUUACUACUAGGAAUACUGAUGUUCCUUUGCAUAUGGAUCCUAGUUGUUAUCUUCAUAAACCAAAGUGUUUGGAUGAAGAUCAUACUUGGGAGUUGUUUCAGAAAAAGGCUUUUCCUAAAUAUGAUGAUCCAGACUCUAGCAUUACCAUAGAGAUGGAGAAAUUGGGAAGAGAAAUGGUUGGAAGAUGUGGAGGUUUACCUCUAGCCAUAAUUGUCCUUGGAGGACUAUUAGCAUCAAAGCCAUCAUUUUAUGAAUGGGACACAGUGAGACAAAACAUCAACACAUAUCUUAGAAAAGCAAAAGGCAAAGAACAACUCUUAGGAGUAUCUGAAGUACUAGCAUUAAGCUAUUAUGAAUUACCUUACCAAUUGAAGCCAUGUUUCCUACACUUAGCACAUUUCCCUGAAAACUUAGAGAUACAAACAAAGAAACUAAUAAGAAUAUGGGUGGCAGAAGGUAUCAUAUCAUCGGUUCAAAACUCCGGAAACAACGAGGAAGCUCUCGAGGACACAGCGCAACGUUACUUCACAGAACUCGUCGAAAGGUGCAUGAUUCAGGUAGUUGAAAAGAGUUCGACCGGAAGAAUUAGGACAGUUCAAAUGCAUAACCUGAUGAGGGACUUAUGUGUGUCUAAGGCAUAUGAAGAAAACUUUCUCGACAUGAUUGAUUCGCGAAAUGUAGAUCAAACUAGUACUUCGAAGGCAAGACCGCCCGGUAAAGUUCGAAGGAUCGCGCUAUAUCUUGAUCAAGAUAUUGAUAGAUUCUUGCCUAGACACUUAAAAAGUCAUCACCAUCUUAGGUCUAUACUAUGCUACCAUGAAAAAACAGCUAGGUUAAGCGAAUGGAGUUCGAUGAAAUCGGUUUUCAAAAAAUGCAGGUUACUUCGAGUUUUGAACUUGGAAGGAGUACAAUGUCAAAUGGGAAAAUUACCUAAAGAAAUUGGCUUCUUGAUCCAUUUAAGGUUUCUAAGUCUAAGAAACACGAAAAUCGACGAGUUGCCAAGUUCAAUAGGGAAUUUAAAGUGCUUACAAACCUUAGAUCUUCUCACAGGAAACUCAACUGUUCAAAUACCAAAUGUCAUAGGAAACAUGGAAAAGUUGAGGCAUUUAUUUCUACCUGAAUCAUGCGGCAACAACGUCGAAAAAUGGUGCAUAUCUAAUCUGAAAAACUUGCAAACACUAGUUAACUUCCCUGCUGAAAAAUGUGAUGUAAAAGAUCUCAUGAAACUAACAUAUUUAAGAAAAUUGGUCAUAGACGAUCCGAAUUUCGGAGAAGUCUUCGAAAGCACUAAUGAAACAUUCAUUCACCUCGAGUCAUUGUUUUAUGUUAGUUCUGAGGAGAUUUCAAUGGUAGAAGUUUCUGCAGGGUGUCCUAAUCUUUACAAGCUUCACAUUGAAGGACCUAUAAGCAAUUUUCCAUCACCAAACCAAAUUUCAUCAAAGCUUGCUAAGCUUAAGCUACAAGGUUCAGGACUAGUUGUUGAUCCAAUGACAACAUUGGAGAAGCUACCGAAUUUAAGGUUGCUUGAGUUGCAACUUGAUUCGUUUUUGGGGAAGAGAAUGGUUUGUGGUAGCAAAGGUUUUCCUCAGUUAAGGUCACUUGUUUUGAGUGAUUUGCCUAAUCUUGAAGAGUGGAAGAUGGAGAAAGGUGCUAUGUGUUGUCUUGGGAAGCUUGAGAUUUCGAAUUGUACUAAGCUUGAGGUUGUUCCUGAUGGGAUUAGGUUUGUUAGUAGUUUGAAGGAUUUGGAGAUUAGAUCAAUGUUUGCAGUGUUUAGAAUGAAACUUGAGAAAGGAGGUGAUGAACAUUAUAAAGUUCAGCAUGUUCCAUCUUUGGUGUUUCGUUAUUGUGACUAUUAG